ACAGUUAUCUAUACUCCCAGUCGACAACAAACAUCUCGGGCAUCGUUCUAUGUCAUCCGGAACUCCUUCCGAAGUUUCCGAUCUAUCUAUCAGCGAUACCGAGUCUUUCGCGGAUAUACACGAGAUAUCGUCCCCAACAUCGCCCACGCCGGAAAGUGCAACACCUUCUCUGACGACGGAGACUGGUCGCUCUGCUCCUUUCGUCGAUCGAGAUUGUCCCAGCCAAAAUAGGCAUCCCAAGUACUAUUUCGACGAUGGUUCAACCGUGGUUCUGGUUGGAGGGUUCAGGUACCGCCUCCACCGGUACUUAUUCUCCAGAGACUCGCCCCAUUUUGCAAGCAUUUUCGCGCGUUGCGUACCCUCCGAGUCUAUCGACCUGGCUGACAAGAAAUCCUCCGAUUUCGAUGCUUUCCUGUCUGUGUUGUACUCGACGUGCCAUCGUUUGCCCGACAUCACUACUGUGGAUGAAUGGUCGGCUGUUCUGCGCCUCGCCACCGAGUGGUCGUUCGAUGGCAUCCGCAACCUCGCCAUUGAACGCCUCGAGCCGAUUGCUAGCCCCAUUGAGAAGAUUGUUCUGAGCCAUUCACACUCGAUUGCUAGUUGGCUUCCGGCAGCAUACAUCUCGCUGUGUCAACGUCCCCACCCACUUACGGCUGCGGAGAUCAGAGCUAUUGAGGCGGAAGACGUCGAGGUAGUGAUGUCUGUCCGGGAGACUAUACUCCGUGCAGGGUUGCCAUCUGAAGUGAGCGAGAUUUCUGCUCAUGUCGCCAAUGUGAUGAAGUCUGUCACGAAGGCGGCAACUUUCACACCUCCCAAUUUUAUUCCAGAGAUUGCAAACAUGACGUCUUUUCCACGUUCCGAUCCUAUCCCAGAGGACACAAAGAUAGAGGCCCUUCCGCGUGUCGAUCCUAUUCCACCUCCAAAUCUUAUUCCAGAGGUCAUAAAGAUGGAGGAAUCGACAUUAGCCGAGCCCGGUACUGAGGCCGCGAAAGUGCAGAAGUUCUACUUCGAGAUUCAUCGUCGAUUCGACUCUUCCAGUCUCCUCCUCCUUGCCUCUGCAGACAGCACGCAAAAUAUCGCCUCUAGAACACUGGCACACGUUCUGUCCUCAGUGGUACAAACAGAAGUUGUACCACUCCUAGAGAAGUUGACACCGGACAACAUCGACCCCAUCGCACGCGAAAUCGCCCAAUGGAUCGACCUUACAACGCAGCAUAAUGAUUGGGUGACUCUCCAGCAGAUUAUUGACCUGGUCUACGACAAGGCAACAAGCGAUCGGGCGUCCGCUCGAGUAUGCAGUCUUCUAUGCCAACAACUUACAGGCAAGAUCCCGGCAAAGUUUCAACGUCCUGGGGAUAGAGACUACCAGGGGGGACACUGGUUCCGUAGCUGUCUCCUCAAUAAAUGCCUCAGAGAAGCCGAGAGCAUUCGCUUGAAGAUGGGCUCGGCGACACAGGGCUCGGAAGAAUCAAAUGCCGCAGAAUUACCGAGCAGUGAUGGGGGGGACGCGCUUUUCGCCGCACACGAACGUGCAUAUGCCGCAGCCCACUUCGUCGGCGAACUCGUGGUGGCGGGCGUCUUGGCCGACAACGAUGUCCUCAGCUAUCUCAACAACUUCGCACAGAACCUGAGAUCUUUUAACGAACAACAGGCUCAAUUCGUCUGCGCAUUCUUGUUGACGGUCGGGCCGUGCCUUCACCGCGCCGACCACAACAUACGUACGCGCUUGGAUCAGUACAUUUCUUCCGUUCAGAGAAUCAAUUCCCUGAACUGUAGUGCGCGGACGGCUGCCAUGAUUCAGGAACUCUCGCAGAUGCAACGUGACGGCUGGCCUGCGGCAGCAUAGUAUAGAGCGCAACACAGCCUCUGAAGCGAUUAGAGGGUGUGGGAAAAAAACCACGGUGGAACCGAACUACGCGGACGGCCAAGAACACUGAGAUCGGACGAUAAAGAACGGGAACGGGAUAUAUUCUUUGUUCCGUGAGGCAAAACUGGAGACGGAACGAAGGGGGAGUGGUAUGUAAGGGCGAGGUGAGAGUCCUCGAAGCACGAGCAGGAUGUGAAAAGUGAGCCC